AAAAGAAACUUAUUUCUGUCAAACAUGAGCAGCUUGAUACCCAAGAGACCAAACUUCUUGACACUAGAGCCAAAAAAAAGGACUUUGACUUGUCAUCAGAACAAGAAAAAACUCCUAUUGUAAAAGCAGAAACAGUAAACAUGCCAUAUUUACCAAAUAGUAAACCAAAUAAAAGCAACAACAAAAGUGAUAAAAACUGGGCCAGUAACAUAGAACAAGAAGAAAAACCAGUUGGUAAAGGCAAACAAAAAGCUACUUCUUCUACAAGUAAAAACCUUCUACAAGACUUAACCUUUGAGGAAAACACAACUAGUAUCCCUAUUUCAAAACAUGGUUUAUCUUCAAUAGAAGCUAAUUACAAGAACACAAAUAAUGAAACACCUGCUACAAACUAUGACCAAGAUAUAACAAUGGAACCAUUGGACUAUAACAAAGAAAACAAAACUGAAGAGAAAGAAUUUACUUUGGUCACUUCAAAAAAGAACAACUGA